GGGCGGGAUUGAGGCAGGGACGCGGAGCCGGGGCCCCCUUCCCACCCCGCAGCCCCGGCCGGGAGCUGCCGGGGCGGUGGGCGUCGGCGGGGGUCCCGCGCGCCGGGCAGAGGGGUCCCGGCGGGUGACGACGUUCCUCUGUCGCGACAGGGUGAGGCUGUCGCGGGCAUGGCGGGCGCCUCGGUGAAGGUGGCGGUCAGAGUCCGGCCCUUCAGCGCCAGGGAGAGCAGCCGCCAGGCCAAGUGCGUCAUCCAGAUGCAAGGGAACACCACCUGCAUCACCAACCCCAAGCUCCCCAAGGACGCCACCAAGCACUUCACCUUCGACUACCCCCUGCUCGGGCCCUACGUGCAGGACCUGUCGCGCCUGGCCGUCGCCUCCUUCGCCGACAUCGCCGACCUCAUGGACAGCGGCAACAAGGCCAGGACGGUGGCGGCCACGAACAUGAACGAGACGAGCAGCCGCUCGCACGCCGUGUUCACCAUCGUCUUCAGCCAGCGCCGCCAGGACCCGCUCAGCGACCUCACCACCGAGAAGGUGAGCCGCAUCAGCCUGGUGGACUUGGCAGGCAGCGAACGCGCCGACGCCUCGGGGGCCAAGGGCAUCCGCCUCAAGGAAGGCGCCAACAUCAACAAGUCCCUGACCACUCUGGGCAAGGUCAUCUCCGCCCUGGCCGAGGCACAGACCAGCAAGAAGAAGAAGCCGGAUUUCAUCCCGUACCGGGACUCGGUGCUGACGUGGCUGCUGAAGGAGAACCUGGGCGGGAACUCGCGCACGGCCAUGAUCGCGGCGCUCAGCCCGGCCGACAGCAACUACGAGGAGACGCUGAGCACGCUGCGCUACGCCGACCGCACGAAGCAGAUCCGGUGCCACGCGGUGAUCAACGAGGACCCGAACGCGCGGCUGAUCCGCGAGGUGGGCCAGGUGGACGUGGACAUCAAGCUGUCGGGGCCGUUCAUCCGGGAGCAGCACUGCCUCUUCCGCAGCCGCCCCGACCCCUCGGGGGAAGUUGUGGUGACGCUGGAGCCGUGUGAGGGGGCCGAGACCUACGUCAACGGGAAGCAGGUGACGGAGCCGGUGGUGCUCAAGUCGGGCCACCGCCUCAUUUUGGGGAAGAACCACGUAUUCCGCUUCACGCACCCGGAGCAAGCGCGGCGGGAGCGGGAGCGGGGCGCGUCCCCGGGGCCGGCCCCGGACUGGAACCUGGCGCAGCGGGAGCUGCUGGAGCAGCAGGGCAUCGACAUGCGCCUGCAGAGGCUCCAGGAGCUGGAGAACCAACCCCAGCUGGAGAAGGAAGUGUCGGAGCGGCCGCAGGUGAGGGGGCUGGGGGGUCGUGUGGGAAUCCGGGCUUCCCUGGGGAACUCUGCUGUCCCCCGAGCGUCCCAGGGAUAGUCCUGGCUGUCACAGGUGACCCCCG